AUGCAUGCUGUGGCUGCUCCAGAGCGCGCUUCAGCCUCUAUGAAGACAGUACAUGUGGAUCUGGGCGAUCGUUCCUACCCAAUUUACAUCGGGGCGGGUCUACUCAACCAUGGGGAGCUGCUACGGAAGCACAUUCCUGGCAAGCGCGUGCUGAUCGUCACGAACGAGACAAUCGCUCCGCUUUAUCUGGAGCGGUGCCGUAAGGCCCUUUUGGAGGGCGGCCAGCUGCAAGUGGAUGACGUCAUCCUGCCAGAUGGGGAGGAAUACAAGAGCCUGGAGGUGCUGGAGAAGGUUUGGGAUAAGGCCCUGGAGUGCCGCAUGGACCGGGGAACCACCUUCCUGGCUCUGGGGGGUGGGGUGGUGGGCGACAUGACCGGGUUCGCGGCGGCGUGCUACCAGCGGGGGGUGCACUUUGUGCAGGUCCCCACCACCGUUAUGUCCCAGGUGGACAGCAGUGUGGGGGGUAAGACCGGGGUGAACCACCCGCUGGGGAAGAACAUGAUCGGGGCCUUCUACCAGCCGCGGGUGGUGCUGGUGGACACGGACACCCUGGCCUCACUGCCGGACAGGGAGCUGGCCUCGGGGAUCAGCGAGGUGGUCAAGUACGGACUCAUACGUGACGCCCCCUUCUUCGAGUGGCUGGAGGCCAACAUGGAGCGGCUGUUGGAGCGGGACCCGGGGGCCAUUGCGUACGCCGUGGAGAGGUCCUGUAUUAACAAGGCCGAGGUGGUGGCCGCUGACGAGAGGGAGUCCUCCGAGGGGGUGAGAGCCACACUCAACCUGGGACACACAUUCGGCCACGCCAUCGAGACCGGUACGGGGUACGGCGUGUGGCUGCACGGGGAGGCGGUGGCGGCGGGCACGGUCAUGGCGGCAGACCUGUCGUACAGGCUGGGCUGGAUUGACAAGUCGUUGUACGACCGCAUCGUGUCUCUGCUGACCCGGGCCCGGUUGCCCACCCUGCCGCCCGCCUCCAUGACGGCGGAUCAGUUCAGGUCGCUCAUGGCGGUGGAUAAGAAGGUCCUGGCGGGCAAGCUGAGGCUCAUCCUGCUCCGCGGGGCCCUGGGCAACUGUGUGGUGACCGGGGACUUCGACCCGGCCAAGCUGGAUGAGACGCUCAACCACUUCUGCGCCAAGUCGGCGGCGUCGGCAUGA